GGUGAUGCCAGACGCCUGACUGGAGGCGGACCAAGCGGCCAGCUGCCUCUCUCCGGUCAGCCCGGCGCUUGGACCCCUCUCUCUCACCUGCUCUUCGUGGGGCAGCAGCCUCCUGCUCGUCCGGCCAUGCAGUGGCCGUGGCCGCUGGCCGUCUCUCUUGCUGUGGUGUUGGCCGCGGGGCUGAGCAGAGUGUCUGGGGGUGCCGCCCUGCACUCAGGCGGGCACAGAGCCGAGGCCCAGGAGCAGCAGAGCCGGUCCAAGAGAGGCACUGAGGAUGACGAGGCCAGGGAGGUGCAGCAGUAUGUGCCCGAGGAGUGGGCCGAGUACCCGCGGCCCAUCCACCCUGCUGGCCUGCAGCCCACCCAGGCCCUGGUGGCCACCAGCCCCAACCCAGACAAGGACGGGGGCAGCCCACGAGGCAGGCAGGAGCCUCGGGGCAAUCUGACGGGGACGCCGGGUCAGAGGCUGCAGAUUCAGAACCCCCUGUACCCGGUGACCGAGAGCUCCUACAGUGCCUAUGCCAUCAUGCUCCUGGCCCUGGUGCUGUUCGCUGUGGGCAUCGUGGGUAACCUGUCGGUCAUGUGCAUCGUGUGGCACAGCUACUACCUGAAGAGUGCCUGGAACUCUAUCCUCGCGAGCCUGGCCCUCUGGGAUUUUCUGGUCCUCUUUUUCUGCCUCCCUGUUGUUAUCUUCAAUGAGAUCACCAAGCAGAGGUUGCUGGGUGACGUUUCUUGCCGGGCCGUGCCCUUCAUGGAGGUCUCCUCCCUGGGAGUCACCACCUUCAGCCUCUGCGCCCUGGGCAUCGACCGCUUCCAUGUGGCCACCAGCACCCUGCCAAAGGUGAGGCCCAUCGAGCGGUGCCAGUCCAUCCUGGCCAAGCUGGCUGUCAUCUGGGUGGGCUCCAUGAUCCUGGCUGUGCCCGAGCUCCUGCUGUGGCAGCUGUCGCAGGAGGCUGCCCCCGCCACGGGCACUGUGGACUCAUGCAUCAUGAAACCCUCGGCCAGCCUGCCCGAGUCCCUCUACUCGCUGGUGAUGACCUACCAGAACGCCCGCAUGUGGUGGUACUUUGGCUGCUAUUUCUGCCUGCCCAUCCUCUUCACGGUCACCUGCCAGCUGGUGACGUGGCGGGUGCGGAGCCCUCCCAGGAGGAAGCCGGAGUGCCGGGCAGGCAAACACGAGCAGUGCGAGAGCCAGCUCAACGGCACCGUGGUGGGCCUGACCGUGGUCUACGCCCUCUGCACCCUCCCCGAGAACGUCUGCAACAUCGUGGUGGCUUACCUGUCCACUGAGCUGACUCGCCAGACCCUGGACCUCCUGGGCCUCAUCAACCAGUUCUCCAUCUUCUUCAAGGGAGCCAUCACCCCCGUGCUCCUCCUGUGUAUCUGCAGGCCGCUGGGCCAGGCCUUCCUGGGCUGCUGCUGCUGCUGCUGUGCUGAGUGUGGUGGCCCCUCGGAGGCCUCAGCCGCCGGCGGCUCGGACAACAAGCUCAAGACCGAGCUGCCCUCCUCCAUCUACUUCCACAAGCCCAGGGAGUCGCCCCCGCUCCUGCCCCUGGGCACGCCUUGCUGAGGCCAGGCUGCAGCCUGGGUGGGGGUGGGGGUGGGGGCGCGGGAGCAGGGGCCAGGUGGGGCAGGGCGGGUGCCCCCCAGCCUGUGUCUGGUGUUUCUGGCCCCAUAGGUCUUGCUUCUCUGCCCGUCUUGCUGUCUAGAGGUGGACUUGGUCCCUCUUGUGGGGGUUCGGGUGUGCCAAAGCCCCUUCCCCCAGCAGGGCCUUCCCCGGCUGUCUCUUGGCGUCUCCCAGCCCUGUCCUCGGUGGGUGGUAAUGCUUCCAGGUCCUUAGAACUGCCUAGAAACUCUCAGUCCCCCAGCUGGGAGCCAGAACUUCACCUGCCUCUGUCUUGGAAUCUGCUGUACUUUAGUUGGCUCUUCUCUAAGCGUUGCCUGCUGACUCUCAUUCAUCCUAGAACAGGGGGCCUUUUGGGGGCCAGUCCUGCCUGGCUCUUCUCUGGACCAGGUCUGCCCUAGCCUUAGACAUCUCCUCCUCCCGGCACCUUCUCUUCUUCCGGAGGAUUUCUCUCUCUUUCUUCUUCCUUCUCUGACAUCUCCUGGGUUGCCCUGUGCCAGCCCCCCCUCCCCCCCCGCCCCGCCCCGCCGCCAUCCGCCCCGUGGUAGGUACUCCCUUGUAGAAGGCCCUUCUUCAAAAACAAUAAACUAGGUAGAACUAUCCCUGUGCCCACUGGAGUUUCUUGUGCCACAUCCUGACAGUGCCCGGAUGCACCUGGCCCUUCUCCAGGACAGGUGGCGCCCUGGGGGGAUUCCUCCCGGCCGCAUUUGGCCCUUUAUGGCCUGUGGCUGAUGUCCUGCCCAGCCUUAUGGCCCUACGGCUUUUGAGGGGCAGAGUGGAUGAAGGGCUUGGGAGGUGGAGUGCUAAGUCUUUGUCCUAGCCUGAGCCCGAGCAUCCUUGGGAAGUCAAAAGGCGCCAAACUUAUCUCUUCUGGAGCCCCCACUCUGUUCCUCCUCCUCCACAAAGCCCCCAUUUUAGAGAAACCAGCAGCCUUGCUCGGUGAGCCUGGGGCCUUCCAGCCUCUCUGACUCUGAGAGCUGCUCUUUUUCAGUUUCUUAGAACAGACUGUUUUGCCCGUAGACGGCCCAGCUGCCUGCUCCCUGUCUGCCCCCACCCUGCCCCCACCACACCCCUCCCUGGCAGCCAGAGCUCCGUCCUGUGCCCCCAGAAACCCCUCAGCUCCUCCCGCUGGUCUUGCCCCGGGUGUCCCACUUCCGCCAGGUGCCCCUCUGGGGUCCUUCCACAGCUCCCCUUAACCCUGUUUGGGCCUCGAGGAGCUGGCACAAGCUCAACCAGAAGGGACACCUCGGCCUAGGCCACAAAUCACUCCCUGCCUCCUAAGCCCAGCUUUGUCUCAAGUGCAGCUCUGGGUCCCGGUGGCGACUUCUGCCCACCAGAUCCUAAAACAUCUGCACGGGGCCUCGGAAGGGAUGAUGAGGGACAGAGGUUGCUGAGUGCACUGGGCUCCUUUCUCCUCUGACCACCCCACCCACACCCCUUGGCCUCAGCCCGGCCCCGACCCAAGCCUCCUUCCCCCGCCUCUCUUGGGGAUCUUAAUGGCCUUGUUCUCUCUUCCUGGCACCCACCCCCAGGACGGGGGACGCCAAGAGAGAGGGAGGCCGUUGCUAAGUGAUGGAGCUGCCAUGCACACACUCUUUGUGCUGGGGAGUGACACCCACCCAUUUCUCAGCAGACCUGUUGCCACAGUGACCGAAGCCCUCAUCUGUGUCCGUAGAAACUUAAGAUGGGUGGGCGGGGGGCAGGUUGGAGAGGGAGCCAAAGGCAGGCUUGCGGCACUGAGGAUACGGGGGCCAUUUUCUCCACCCCCGCCCAACUCCCUCUCUACCCCCAUCCCCACCCUCAUUCUAGAAGCACCAGUAGCUUCCUUUGGGAUGUAGGGAGGGGGCCCGGGGUGAACUGAGGUGAAGUCUGGCACGGGGAGAGGGCCGAGGAUGGAAGGCUGAGGGCAGGGGAGGGGGCACCUUGACAUCCUGUUUGGGGGGACUUUUCCAGAGGGCACCCCCCCCCCACCCCUGCUUCUCCCUCCUGUUGCUUGGCCAGCUCAGGGCUGAUGAGAGGGGGAAAAUGGUGUCUCGAGGCCCUGCCACCAGCCCCGCCUUCCAUGCCUGCCAACGUGAAUGGCUUGCAAGAUUAGUCAGCAGGCCAGCAGGGCCUUGGGAAAGAGCCACUGUCCCUCCGGCCUGGGCCAGCUGGGGGAACAAUGUGGCGUUUGUUGCUCAGGGGUCCCAGGCUGCUGGUGGGGGGGCGAGUUGGCACACUGGCGGGUGGUGGAUUUGAGCUGGGAUGCUCAGAGGCAGCACAGACAUUCUCCCUCCCCCUCGGGGCAGACUUUAGACCAGCCCUCAGACCCCGAGGCCAGGUGGGGGGGAGAGGGCAAUCCACGGAGCCUCCCCCUUCAGCUGGGAGUGGGGGGCAGAGAGCACGAGCACUUUGCAUUGAGAAUCACCUCCCUCCAAUGGGACCGGACGUGGUCAUUGAGCCUCUCAGUUUCCUCAUCUGUAAAAUGGGAACAACCCCUCUCUCACAGAGGACUACAGUCAUUAAACGAGACAAGAUAUAUAAAGCA